CAUCAGUAUCAUCAUCAUCAACUAUCCUAUCUCUCCACCUCUCUAUCAAAACCUAUUUCUCACAAAUCCAAAAUUUAUCCACUACUCGUUGCCUUUUCUUUAUCUCCCCCAAAAUCUAAAGAAGAAGCCAUACUCCAAGCCAAAACUUCCCUCUCUACCGCCUUAGAUAAGCCUCUAAACAAUGCGAAACUGGCUGGAAAAUUCAAGAAACUGAAGCAACCCAAAUUCCGGGUUGAGAUUCCGGUGGUGGAUGAUGAAUCUCCAGAUUGCCUCUCCACACUGGCUCUCCAAAUAUUUGGAGACAUGCCGGUUAAAAGAAAAGGCUCUGCUAUCAAGAUUCUAGUUCUUUGGCCCAACUCCACUUUAAAGGAAGCUGGCAUCAAGUCUUUUGCAUCAUACUCAGAAAACACAGUUGAGCACAUGAAUAUUGAAUCUUCCAAUAACAGGAAUUUAGGGUCUAAUGACAUUGCAGUAUUUGUGGCGCCAGAAACUUCACAACUAGCAGUCAUAAAAGCAAUUACCGACAGUUUUUAUCCUAGGCCAGUCACAAUCUUCAACCCAAGAUGGGAGUUCGAUGAAGAAGCUACCUUAGGUGAACUGAGAGGAUUUGUGUCGUCAUUUGAGGUUGUCUAUUCAUUCACUGGUUUGGAAGUAAGAGGGAUUUUUAGCAGGAGAAAAGGGGUGAUAUUUAGAACUGGGCUGCCUACUGCCGAGGAAUGGAGUGUAUGGGUAGAAGAAGGAGAUCUAAAACUGGUUUCAAGAUUCAAGGCAAGGCCUUCCCUUGUUGAAGUCGAAAAUGUUUUGUAUAAUUUAAUGGCUAUCAAUUCCCCUAUUACAAAGUCGGCCAAAUUUCUCAGGGAUAUGGUAUCAAGUGUAACUGGCAAAAAAUAAUUCUCUGCAAAGACAGUCACGUAUUAUCUACUCCCUCCGUCCCAAUGAAUUGUAUACAGUUUUCUUUUUGGGACGUCCCACCAAUUGUAUACAUACCAAAAGUAGUAACUUUUAUAAUAUAAAAUAACAUUACACCAA